AUGCUUUCCUCAAGGCGCACGUUACUCCUAUCCUCCCUAUUACUAUCGUCCUCCUCCUUCACUUCGGCCUUCUAUCUCCCCGGUGUCGCGCCGACUUCGUAUGACCUCGGGCAGGCAGUGCCGCUGUACGUAAACCACCUUACGCCUGGCAUCGCAAGACAGGAUGACCAGCUUCAUGCCGUGCUCUCGUACGACUAUUACAACCCGAUUUUCCAUUUCUGCCAGCCCAAGGAUGGACCACGCGAUGUGCGCGAGUCGCUAGGCAGCAUCAUCUUUGGCGACCGCAUUCGCACCUCGCCCUUUGAAUUAUCCAUGGCCCAGAAUGAGACGUGCAAGGCUGUUUGCGAAGAAGUCACGUUUGGUCCUCGCGAUGGACGAUUCACAAACAACCGCAUCCGCCAGGGCUACAACAUCAACUGGCUUGUGGACGGACUUCCUGCAGCUAUGUUGAACCUGGACCCUAUCUCGCAUGCCGAGUUUUACAACCCGGGAUUUCUUUUGGGAGGCGUUGACGAUAACGAUCAACCGACUUUGAACAACCAUUUCAAUAUCCUCAUUGAGUACCACAAAGUCGGCCUUCCUCGUCAGGAAAAGCAGUACAGGGUUGUUGGCGUUCUUGUUCAGCCUGCUUCGCGCGGCAACUCCUUCAUCGAGGAGAGCGGCCAAGUCGACUGUGGUGAGGGUGGCUCGCCUCUGACCUUGAGUGAAACGCAAGAUACCAAGGUUGUUUGGACAUACAGUGUUUAUUGGAAAGAGUCGAAUACCGCUUGGGCCACUCGAUGGGAUAAAUAUCUGCACGUUUUUGACCCGAAGAUUCACUGGUUUUCAUUGAUCAACUCUUCUGUCUUUGUGGUAUUCCUUGUCGCUAUGGUUAGUAUGAUCCUCAUUCGCGCCUUGCGGAAGGACAUUGCGCGGUACAACAGACUUGAUCAGAUCAACUUGGACGAUCUCAAUGGCACUUCUGUCGUCGAGGAUGGCAUCCAGGAAGACUCGGGGUGGAAGUUGGUUCACGGCGACGUUUUCCGCUGCCCCAAGAGCCCGCUGCUUCUUAGUGUCGUGUUGGGUAAUGGUACGCAGUUGUUUGUCAUGGCCGCUGUUACUGUUGCCUUUGCUCUUUUUGGUCUGCUCUCUCCGGCCAACAGAGGUUUCCUCGGCACUACGAUUCUCAUCCUAUAUACAUUGUUUGGAUUCAUCGGUGGCUAUGUUUCUUCCCGCGCAUACAAGUCCUUUGGCGGUGAAGCAUGGAAACGCAACAUUAUCAUGACACCCCUGCUUAUUCCGACCAUGGUCUUCUCGUGGUUCUUCCUUUUGAACCUGUUCGUGUGGGGCAAGGGCUCCAGCGGUGCUGUUCCGUUUACGACCAUGCUUGCGAUGAUCGUGAUUUGGUUUGUUAUCAGUCUUCCUCUAAGCUGUGCAGGUAGUUGGCUCGGAUUCAAGUCACAGCCCUACGAAGCUCCAACCAAGACCAACCAGAUUCCUAGACAAAUUCCUCCGCCCACUGGAACUCUGCGUCCCAUCCCAUCUCUCCUGCUUACUGGCAUUCUGCCGUUUGGAGCUAUCUUUGUUGAGCUUUAUUUCAUCAUGAACUCACUGUGGACCAGCAAGAUCUACUACAUGUUCGGCUUCCUGUUCCUCUGCUACGGGCUGAUGGUUAUUACUACGGCGGCUACUACGGUGCUGCUGGUGUACUUUAUGCUGUGUGCCGAAGACUAUCGCUGGCAGUGGCGUGCCUUCAACGGCGCUGGUAUGACUGGGUUCUAUGUGUUUAUGAACGCUCUCAUUUUCUGGGUUACCCGGGUCAGCUUUGGUGGCCUCACUGGCGCUGUGCUGUACAUGGGGUAUUCUGCCUUGAUUGGUUUCUUGGUCUAUAUCCUUACCGGUAUGCACCAUUGGAUUCUUCGCAAGCUGGAUGUUUGUGCGGAAGAUUUACGGCUCCAUCAAGGUGGACUAGAAACCUCGACAACCGCGCAUAUGUUCUGUGUGCUGCGUGUCUCCUAUAACCUCGUACAGUCGAAGCUCUCUCCUAAGCAGUUGGAUGAGUUGGUCAAGGUGACCCUUUUCGACAAAAAGGAGCUGCAGCAAUGGUAUAAAGGCUUCCUAAAAGACUGCCCUACCGGACACCUGAACAAGGAAGAGUUUCAAAAGAUCUAUCGCCAGUUCUUCCCCUUUGGCGACCCGUCUUCGUUCGCCAAUUAUGUCUUCCGCGUUUUCGACUCGGACGACAGCGGGACGAUCGACUUUAAGGAGUUCAUCUGUGCACUUUCGGUAACCUCGCGCGGAAAUGUAGAGGACAAGCUGGACUGGGCAUUCCAGUUGUACGAUAUCGACGGUGACGGGAAGAUCAGUUAUGAUGAGAUGCUUGCGAUUGUGGAGGCCAUCUACAAAAUGGUCGGUUCCAUGGUCAAGUUGCCCGAAGACGAAGACACCCCGGAGAAACGAGUCAAGAAGAUUUUCGGCCAGAUGGACAAGGACGAAAACGGCAGUCUGGACAUGGAGGAAUUCAAAGAAGGCAGCAAGCACGAUCAGACGAUCGUCAGUGCGCUGUCUCUAUAUGACGGCUUGGUCUAG